CACAAUGUCAACGCCCAGACAGAUCUUGCUCCCGCCCCGGUGCAAGACCAGCACAGCCAAUGGCCCUUACCGCAACCUGUCAUGCCCAGGAUAGUCCACCUUGACGUAAAAUGCGAGAAGAACUUGAUGAAAGUCGUCGUAGAGUUCGACAAGCCGUUCCACGGCCUGAUCUUCAGCAAGGGGCACUACAGCUACGGAAACUGCGUCCACCUUCCUGCUGGGUCCGGGCGCAAAACAGUCUACUUCGACGUUUCCAUAAACAGCUGCGGCACCAUCGGAAACGCCCAGAACGGCCUGUACGGUCACGACGGCGGCAACUCGGGUACCGGCUCUUUCUUUGAGAACACGAUCAUCAUACAGUACGAUCCACAAGUGCAGGAAGUCUGGGACCAAGCGAGGAAGCUACGCUGUACCUGGCACAACAACUACGAGAAGGCCGUAACGUUCCGUCCUUUUCCCGUAGAUAUGCUCGACGUCGUGCGAGCGGACUUUGCGGGCGACAACGUCGGCUGCUGGAUGCAGAUUCAAGCCGGUAAAGGACCGUGGGCGAGCGAAGUGGCCGGCAUUGUAAAGAUCGGCCAGACGAUGACUAUGGUGCUCGCUAUCAAGGACGACGAGAACAAAUUCGACAUGUUGGUGAGAAACUGCAUUGCGCACGACGGUCAGAGGGCCCCGAUUGAGCUCGUCGACAGCCACGGCUGCGUUGUUAGGCCUAAGCUCAUGAGUCGCUUCAACAAGAUUCGCAACUUCGGGUCCAGUGCUACCGUCCUGUCGUACGCGCACUUCCAGGCCUUCAAGUUCCCGGACACGAUGGAGGUCCACUUCCAGUGCACCAUCCAAAUCUGCCGUUACCAGUGCCCAGACCAGUGUUCGGCGCAAGCGGAGGCAUCUUCGGAUCGCCAAGUGCUGUACUCGAACCACGUACCUCAGCCGACGGGACGCGCCAGGGAAGAGAGAGACAUACACGGGGAGGAGGAGGAGGAGGAAGAAGAAAUGACGGAAAUCGGCGUGAAUCGGGUGAUUCGUGUGGUUUCAGCGGGUGACCUCGCAUUUAGUCUGGCAACCAACGACAGCUCAUCCCAGGUGCAGUUUUCGAGGGCUGUAGAUGAGAGGUCCAUCAUUUGUAUGUCCGCACCCUGGUUCGCGUCCGCGCUAGUCGUUAUGUUGUCUAUUCUAGUGAUCGCGUGCAUCCUGUCUGCCUUCUUAUGGGUCAAACAAAAGGCGACCGCGCACCUAUCGAAAGGUUUUCUCUAUGACCUUCCCGUUAUGAAGAAGGCAAAGUUCUGAACAUCGCUAUGCUUACUAUUUAUUCAUACAACCCCGUACGAACCUACAGUCCUGGACAGAACCACAUCCAAUAUGAAGUUGAAGUGUCAAUUCGGACGUAAAAAAGAAACAAGCAAAAAAAUAUUUUGCAGGUAAAAAAUUGGU